ACACGGUUGAACCUUGUCCUUAUCGUAACCUUCGAUUCAGUAUCAACUUAUUUUAAGUUUUAAUGAGAAAAAUAACAUAAUAAUUUGUAUUAAUCGAAGCUAUGGAUUCACGCAUUGCGUCGAUUUCUACAUGGGAAAUUUUCAAAAUUUAUUCGUUGUCCUUCUUGUGCGGCAUUUGGGUGUAUUUUAAAAAAAUUAUUGCGGGACUGAUAAAAACUGAGUCGUCUUCGAAAAAUUUUCGAGAUAAGCCACCCAGUUGCCUUGUAGAAUCGUCUUUUGGGAUACACAAUUACGUUAAAGUUAGGGGUACGAAAUUUCAUUAUGUGGAAUCGGGCAGCUCACAGAGUCCUUUCCUUCUUCUCCUCCAUGGUUUUCCGGAUUGCUGGUUGAGUUGGAGGUAUCAAAUUCCAGAACUCUCGAAGUAUUUUAGAGUUGUUGCUGUGGAUCUGAAGGGGUUUGGAGAUUCUGAUAAACCAGUUAAAAGUAAGAGUUAUUCAAUUGAUGUUAUUUUGGAAGAAUUAAAAGAGUUAAUAACAUCUUUUGGGCAAUCAAAAUGUACUGUAAUGGCCCACGAUUUGGGAGCACUUUUGACUUGGCAUUUUGUACAUAAAUAUCCUGAUAUGGUAGAAAAGUUGAUUUUAAUAUCAACUCCUCACCCUAAUCUUUACUGGGACAAUUUGCCGUCCCAAAGCAACCUAAACUUAAGCUGGUUGUGUUUUCUACAAAUUCCUCGACUUCCUGAAGCAGAUGCAUUGAAGGACGAUCUUAAAAUAAUAAACAAUUGGCAUUCUCAUUUGCAGGAGAAGGAUGUCUUUUUAGAUGCUUAUAAGUACACCUUUUCACGUCCAGAAGACUGGAUAGGACCCUUUAAUUAUUUCCGAAAUCUUCCUUUUAUAAGGAUCUGUGAUAUUUCGAGGCAGAUAGAGAAUAUGACUCUUCUGGUUGUCGGUGGUAAGGAUCGAGUAGUUUCGUUGGAAAGUAUCGUGAAGUCGAGCGAGUUUUGUGAAAAGUUCGUUGUGAAAAUAGUUGAUGGUUGCGGUCAUUUUCCCCAUCAGGAAAACCACCAAGUUUUUAAUAACACAGUUAUCAACUUCUUAAAAGUGAAACGUCCCAUCGAAAAAAAUUUAGAACGAUCUCCAUCGAAAAGUCUUGUUAACAAAAUGUUUGGUGCUGUGUCGUCUACAGUAAAAUAUGGAAAUUCGGUCAUUGAUAGUGUACAAAAACGCACAAACGGGGUUGUUGGCAAUAUACCAACCCUUGCGUUCAGUUUAACGCAAUUUCCUGGGGUUGCUACGAAAAGUAAUAUUUCAUGAACUAUGAUUCUUAGGAAUCAACUAAAAGGCAAAUAUAACCGUGUAGUUGUUCUAGAUCUGAUGUAAGAUUACUAAUUUGUUAAAAAAAAAUAAUAAGAAUUUGUGCUGACAAUCGUUCUUGUGAGGAUCUAAAAAGAAAGACGAAUUAAUUUCAAAAAUUAACAUAAGAAAAAGUUUAGUGAAUGGAAAUUACGUUAUAUCUUAAUUAUUUAAUUAGCCGUACAUGUAAUUAAUUGAUUCUAUAGAACUGCAUUUUUUCGAAUUGAUUUGUUAUUUACAUUUAAAUAACAAAAAUUGAAGUGAUAUUAUAUUUUUUAUCUGAUUUCCAUUAUUUAUUAUU